AUGUACGACGGAGACGACAAGGAGAAACUAGACGAGGAGUUUAGUGAAGCAGAAAUCAGGGUGGUCCUAAGCAGUAUCAACACCAGGUCGUCCCCUGGCCCGGAUCGGGUGACCAGCAAGACUCUACGCAAUCUGGACGACGAGUCAAUUACGCGACUGACGGCCUACGUUAACGAGUGCUGGCGAGUGGGCUGCCUCCCCAAUGCGUGGAAAAGGGCCCGCGUGGUCAUGAUUCCCAAACCGGGUAACCAGGCGGCCCACACCGCGGCUCGAGGUCUCACUCACCGAGCCGCGGCCGAUUCGGUGGCCGCCUCCACCUCAGAGAGUGUAAGAACACAACAGCAACCGGAAUGUGAUGCCAGACUGGAGGGGAAAUGUGAGCCUGGGCCAAGCUUCCCUGCUGGUACUUUGAAGAAUGCUUGCACCGUGGGCUUCCAAGGCCGAUCAGGAGAGACGUUGAUGCUGUCAGAGGUCGGCGGCAAGGACACAGAGCUCGACUCUCUCGACGACUGCCAAGUGACAAUUCAAGGCUGUCCAGCCACACUGUUUGCUCGCAGGCUCAGGAACUGCCACAUCCGGUGUGGACCAGUGGCCAGCUCGGUUUUUGUGGAAGAGUGUGAGAGCUGCACAUUUCUCGUUGCCUGUCAUCAGCUGCGAGUACACGACAGCCUCAAGUGUGAAUUUCGAGUGCACGUCCAGACACGCUCCAUCAUCGAGGACUCGAACGAGCUCCUGUUUGGCAAGUAUGACUUUGUCUACGACGGGGACGAGCAAGAUUGGUGUGCAUCACACCUCGACAGGACAGUGAACAACUGGAACAAGGUCGAUGACUUUAACUGGCUUGCAGCUGAUAAGCCUUCGCCCAACUGGGAGCUGUCACGGGUGUAA